UAAUCCUCUGUAUGACGUGUAGCGGUGUCGAAACUGCGUACGUGUGAAUUGGAUGCCUUGAUAUGGGGUAAUCAUGGCCAGAAAUGAAAUGAACGUAACGGGAGUUUUUUUUUUUUUUUUUCCAUUCUUAUUUCUUAAGAGUUUGUUAUAUUUUUUUUAGAUAUGGCCUCGAUGGCUCAGACGAGAAGCUGAGUUGUCUCUGAAUUGGGAGCUGGACUUUAAAUCGCAGAGCGCGUGAAAGUUCAACGUCAGGUGGCCGCGAGACACUUGUCCGUUAUGAUGCCACAAGACAGCAUGACUUCCGCUGUGCAGAAAAUCGCCAAACAGGCGCUUGCGACAUUCCGGAUCCCCUCUCUAGUCGGAGAGCACAACAAAGUGUUUAUGGACAACCAGAACAAGCUGAAAAGCCUUUUGGCGGAGGUCAGAGCGGUCGAUUUGAAGAUUGUACCCCGGGCCACUGAGAGCGCCCCAGUGCCGCCUGCCCGUCUCGUUCCUCCCGUUACAUACAUGCACAUCUACGAGACCGACGCCUUCAGUAUGGGAGUGUUUUUGUUGAAAACAGGCGCUUCUAUACCGCUGCAUGACCAUCCGGGAAUGUACGGCAUGCUUAAAGUGAUCUACGGAAAGGUCCGAAUCAGCUGUUUCGACAGGUUGGAUAAACCCAGAGACGGUGCCAGCGGCGUGCAGUUCAACCCUCCGUUAGUGCCCCUCCAGAAGAGCUCUCUAAGACCCUCGGUGUUGAGAUCGGUGGGGGAAUACACGGCGGAGAGCGGCCCGUGUGUGCUGUCACCUCAGAGGGACAACAUUCACCAAAUAGACGCUGUUGACGGACCCACCGCUUUCCUUGACAUUUUGGCCCCACCGUAUGACCCGGAUGAAGGGAGAGACUGCCAUUAUUAUAAAGUCCUUCAUGCCAGUUCAGAGGCCGCAGAUAGAAAGAGUGAAGCCCAGGAACAUGGUGACUUAUGGCUUAUGGAAAUCCCACAACCGAGUGAAUUCUGGUGUGGUGGUGAAUCUUACCCAGGGCCCAAAGUGUCCCUCUGAAACUCUUGAGAAUAAACUGGGGUUGUUUAUAUCACAACAUUGGGUGAUUAAAAAGAUUGUAUGUUCUCUUCCUUGUGAGCCGUAUACCCUAUCAUACAGGGUUGCAUCAAGUGGACUUCUUUAUUUGAAAUAAAUCUAGGCCUGCAUCAUACCACCCACUUUCACUUAUGGUCAGCUGUUGUCUUUAACACUUCUGAUUGGCCUUUCUGAUCAUGUUAAUGGAUUGCUCUUGCCCAAGUCCAUAUAUUUCCACCAUAUGCAUGCAGACUGAGUCAUGAACUUCUGUUCAGAAGAGAUAUAACUGUUGACUGGAUUUGUUAUCAUUUUCAAAAUUAACAGCAGAUGUGAGAUUUGUUGUGAAGAUUUGUCACAAAAGUUGAUCAGAGUAGAAAUCUAUAUCUUGUUUCUGUAUCUAAAUGUUUUUUUAUAAUGCACCAAGCCAUCAGGGCCUGCAAAUGUCACAGAUAUGGGUAACAGUAGGUCCAACAACACUGUAACUUGGCCCACAUCACACACUGGGAUACUUCCCAGAACACUCAAAUUAUUAUUUAAAAUAAAAUAAAAAGCACUUAGCCAGACUGUUAAGUUUUAAAACCACUUGAAAUAUGCAGAAUGUGAAUUUGAUAACUGCAUAAAAGGCACCAAGUAACUCAAAUUCUGUCAUUC